AAGAAAAGAAGAAGAAGACGUUCUUCUGGCAGGAACCUCUGUUUACAAAUGUCGAAAAGCCAAUAUUGCACUUUAGUUGUUUUCAAUAAUAAAAGGCGUUCUCUGUUAAGUCUAGUUUAGCCUGCGUGUCAGAUUACAGCUUAACGUUCAGAAUGUCGGGAUAUUGGAGGAAGCAUUAAGUUAGCAUGCUAACCAUUGAAAGAAGAGCUGACAGGGAAAUGUAUCUUCUCUACACGGUACUUGCCUCUUUAAGUUUCUUUUUCAUUUUAAAAUGGAUGAAAAGAAGGCGAUAUUUCACGGAGCUGAAGAGACUUGAUGGUAAAACGGUUCUCAUAACAGGAGGUAACUCUGGCAUUGGGAAGGAAACAGCCGUUGCCCUGGCAACCAGAGGAGCGCGUGUCAUCAUCGCUUGCAGAGACCCUGAAAAAGCUGAAAAGGCCAUAAGAGAGAUCAAACUGAGGAGCCGCUCUUUCAAUGUCUGUCACAUGGAGCUGGAUCUGGCCAAUCUUUGCUCUGUCAGGGAAUUUUGCAAGAAGUUUCUGCAGAAGGAGAAGAAUCUUCACAUAUUGAUAAAUAAUGCAGGCAUGCCUGGCAUCCUUGACUGGACUGACGACGGUUUCAGCACGUGUUUUGGCGUAAACCACUUGGGCCACUUCCUCUUAACCAACCUGCUUCUGCCUCGGCUGAAGGAAUGUGCCCCCAGCCGGGUCAUAACGCUCACUUGCUCCAGCUACAAAUACCAGAAGCUGGACUUUCAGGACCUCAACUACAACCUGCUGCCCUUCUUCACUUACUGCCGCAGCAAGCUGGCUAACAUCUACUUCAGUCAGGAGCUAGGUCGCAUCGUCGAGGGAAAAGGAGUCACUUCCUAUGCUGUGAACCCUGGUUUUGUCCAGAGCGGCUGGACGUGCCACUACUCCUUCCUGUUCCGGAUGUUGAUGCAGGUAAUCAUGUGGAUGUUUUCCGUGCCGUGUGAGAUCGGAGCACAGACCGUCAUCUACUGCGCCGUGUCGGAUGAAGCUGCCAAGCACAGUGGGGGUUACUUCGUCGACUGCCAGCCCGCCACCCUGCGUCCUUUCGCAAGAGAUGCCGGUGUGGCAAAAAAACUGUGGGAGGCCAGUGAGAGACUGGUGAAACUGGCAUAAUGGGAGAGCGACUAGUCAUUGACAUUGAAUUAUUUAUUAAGCUAUUACUGUGCUGUAUUAUUUGCUUUCAUCUGAGUCAGUUAUAUAUAUAUAUAUAUAUAUAUAUAUAUAUAUAUAUAUAUAUAUAUAUAUAUAUAUAUAUAUAUAUAUAUAUAUAUAUAUAUAAACUAUAUAAAAUGCCUUGAAAAAGUAUUUAUACCUGUUUCAUAUUUGUCUUUUUGCAAACAUAAUUUUUUUUUUUUGAUUUAGAUUUUUAGUAGCAGAGACAGAAAGGGUUGCAUGAUAGUAAAGUUGAAUGACAGUGAUGUCCCUGACCUGUCUGUUGUGUUCCUCAGUCUUUAUGAUGUAUGAGGUGUUGGUCUGAAAGAAACAGACAUUAUUAGACAAUAUUAUUAAAAAAAAUACCAACUGUG